UUUACGUCGUUUGAGUUUUGCCUAUUUUUUUCUCCUGCAUGAUAGAGUCUGUUAGUUUGUUUUUGUUUUUUUUAGUAGAAACGUGAAAAGUUUGCUCAAAUAUUGUUUGAUUAGUACUAUAAAUGCAAUUUUUAGGAUGAAGUUUGAAUCUUUCUUGAUUUUUUUUGGACCCAUUGUUGAAUUUUUCCAUAUUGAGUUUGUAUUUUGAGUGGAGCAAUGUUAAGUUUUAUAAGUGGCAGAGAGUUUGUUUUUAUGUUUUUGAGUUCUUGGAGAGUGUUAAAUCGAUUGGAUUAGAUAGAUAUCGUGUUAACAGAUAUUGGCAGUAGUUUAUUGAAACAAAGGGUUUAAAGGGUGUUUCUUUGUUUUGUUUUUGUGUUGUUGAAGAGGGUAAAAUCGAUAGGAUUAGAUAGAUAUCGUGUUAACAGAAUUGUUCUUUGUAGUUUGUUAUGAGUAGUAAAGAGUUCAUUGAAACAUAGGAUUUAAAGGGUGUUUUUUUGUUUUUGUGUUGUUGAAGAGGGUGAAUGAUCUCGGGGACUCACUAAAGUACGAAAGCUAGGAUCUUUGAGGGAAAAAAAGGAAUGGAGGCAACAUUAAGCCGGGGUGAGCGGGCCAAGUCAUUGAGCCGGCGGUCCAUGAGUAGACGUGGCCCGGGGAUGAGUAGUUCGAGUUGGACUACACCUGGUGUUAGUGAAAUGUAUGGUACUGCACCAGGAAGUGAUGUUUUCGAGAGAAGUAGAAGGGAAAAUGACGAUGAACAAGAGCUAAAAUGGGCUGCGAUUGAGAGGCUUCCUACGUAUGAUAGGCUGAGGAAAGGGAUUUUGAAGCAAACAUUGGAUGACGGAGAGACGAAAUAUCAUGAAGUUGAUCUUGUCCAUCUUGGAUUACAAGACAGGAAACAACUCUUAGAAGGUAUUCUUAAAUUAGUUGAAGAAGAUAAUGAGAGGUUCCUUCGUAGAUACAGAGACAGGACCGAUAGGUGAGUGAAAAUAAACAAAUGUAGCAAAGUUCCUUGAUCUUAGUUAAUUAUGUUUUGAUCAACUUUUGCAUGGAACAGGGUUGGAAUUGAGAUUCCGAAAGUUGAAGUUCGAUUUGAGCAUCUUCGUAUUGAUGGAGAUGCAUAUGUUGGAUCUAGAGCACUGCCUACUCUAUGGAAUGCUUCCAUCAAUUUUGUAGAGGUACUAUUUCAUUUCAAUCAAAAUUUAUUGAUGU